GUAUCCAUCACCGGUGCAGAAUGGAGGACCAAAUGGUACGACGACAAUGAGUUGCGCGAGUUCUCAAGGGGUGAUGGUGAAGCAGGAGGCGAGGGACGACGGUUACGAGACGAGUCCGGACCUCGAGAUGAGAAGCACCGGCGGUGACAGCAGUCAGCAGUAUCACACGCCGCUGACACCACACACGCCGCACACACCGCACACGCCGCACACGCCCCUCACGCCGAUAUCGGCGACAGCGCAUCAACCCCAGCAGCCGGGCUCGACCGCCUCCGCCCUCGGACAGGUCGCGAUAAAAUGCGAGACGCCAGUGGACCCGUAUUCGUUCGUCGACGAGGAGAUGUCGAUGGGCGGCAUGAGGACGGCGAGCAGUCCAGGCGGCGGCGGCGGCGGCGGCGGCGGCAAUCCCGAGAACAUGACGUGUCCGGGCGGCGCCCAACCUGGGCUGGGUACACCCACGUCGACACCGCCCGGGGCGCUGCCCGGGCCACAACAUCAUCAGAUGAAUCUCGUGAUGAACGGCGCCGCCAGCGUCAAUCCACAGCUGGCGCAUCAGCCGAAGAAGCGAGGCCGCAAAAAAAAGUCGGAGAUGAUACUCACCCCCGAAGAAGCGGAGCUCGCGGAGGCCAAGAAACGCGCAAAGACGUACAAAGAGAGAAAGAAGCACGACAGGUUCGACGGGAUGCCGGAAGAGGAAGUGAGCAAACGCGUUUUACCGGAUCACCUCACCAACAACCUUGACAUUAUUAUAAUUGGUAUCAAUCCCGGACUGUUCGCAGCUUACAAGGGACAUCAUUACGCUGGACCUGGAAAUCAUUUCUGUAAGUUAUUCUAUUAAUCUGUGACAUUAUCUUUAUUGUAUGGCUAUCAUUUGAUGCUCAUUUCAUCAAGAAUUACGACCUAAUCAUAAAAUAACAACAUAGCAUUAAUUAGCAAAAUGAGGAUAUUUU